AACCGCUCUUUUCAUUCUAGCGGUCGCUUCACUCGCUAGUCAAGCCCCUUGUUUCUGGCCGUCAGCCCCGUUCUCCUCUCCGCCAACCUCCGCCUUCCCGCCCGACUAGCUUCAAUAUGGCCGACUACUAUCACCAGGGUCCCCCUCACGGCGGCCCCCCUCCUCCUCCCCAGGCUUACGGUGGUUACCCCCAGCAAGGAUACGGCCCCCCUCCUGGGCAAUACGGUCCCCCUCCCGGACAAUAUGGUCCCCCUCAGGGCUACCAGCAACAGCAGCAGAUGCCAUACCAGCAACCCCCGCCGCAGCAGCAACAGAAGUCUAGUGGUGGUGGCGGCUGCCUCAGCGGUUGCUUGGCUGCUCUGUGCUGCUGCUUCGUCUGUGAGGAGGGCUGCGAGUGCUGCGCCGAUUGUAUCGAGUGCUGUGAGAUGUGCUAA